AUGCUUGAGGCAGUACGUGGAUUCCACACGUUGGCUGACACACGGAUUCCCCCUGCGUCGAUCCUGGAAAUUACGAACAAUAACAACAUUCAGAGAAAGGAACUUCAAGUUGGGUUCUGGAUCGUGAUUCUGCUGGCUGUGGGUAUGGUUACCCCUCCUUGUGACAAGUUGUCGGGUCAACUUCCUGCUGGUCUGUUCCUGGCCCUGUCUCUGCUGUCGCCAGUGGAGCUGUCACGAAUCAUGAAUUCUUGGGAUGUACCGCCAUUGCCGUCUGCUAAUAUCCAUAGCAUCCUUCCGAUCGCUCUGUUCCUUCGACGAACCUGGUGUCAUGUCGAUCUGGGAUGGCUUACAUGGCUUCGCACUUUCUGCAGCUAA